AUGGCGUAUUCUGUUGCACAAGCUCUUCCUCUCACAAGGCUCGAUCCAUCAUCCAGACCCGCAUUGGUUGCAACUAACAGUGUGGAGGUUGAGCAGGAGGCGCUGAGAGCAGAUGGGCUGUCGGACAUUGUCAUUCAAACCAUACAAGCUUCACAACGCCCAUCUACAACUCGAAUAUGCAAUGCUACCUGGAGAGCUUUUAGCAAGUGGUGUUCCUCUUCUAACAUUGUUCCUCUGGCUAAUGUUUUAGACUUUCUCCAACAGGGCCUCAUCAAAGGUCUUUCGCCAAACAUGUUGAGAUGUCAAGUGGCGGCCCUCUCUACAGUCCUAACUCUACCGACAAAACACUUGGACCUUUCUCAAAACAACUUGUAUUCUAUUCCUUGGAAAUCUCUAAGUUCCCUGUGGAAGUUGCAGGUUCUCCUUUUGAGCAACAACUCCAUCCACAAAGUUAGAGACAGAACUUUCAUUUCAUUGGGCAGGCUCCACAAGCUUGAUAUUGGUAGAAAUGAUAUCUCAUUUCUUGGCAACAGUUUUUCAGUGGGUCUUAUUUCUCUCAGUGAACUUAUUUUGGCCUACAAUAAACUGCAGGAGCUACAGUACAAGAGUUUUCAAUACUUUGAAAAUCUUCAGAAGCUGAAUUUGCAAAAUAACAACAUUUCCUCCAUAGAAAUGGGGACUUUCCGCAGUCUUACUCGCUUGAGGCAACUUUACCUUCAAAACAAUUGCCUUCAUGCCCUACAUAAUAGAUUAUUUUCCAUGUUGCAACACUUAGAGAUCCUGAACUUGGAGGGUAAUAUGAUAAAAACUAUUGCUCCUGGAGCCUUUAUUCCAUUAAGCCACCUUACAGUACUUAACUUGAUCCACAAUAAAAUUGAGCACAUUAAAUUCAAAACGUUAUUAUCUCUGCAAACCCCUGGAACUCACAUCUUACUCUCAGACAAUCCCUGGUUCUGUGACUGUGAUCUUCAGAGAGUUUUUGCAAAACUGCACAGUGUUAGGAGACUGAUCUUGGAUGAUUAUUAUAACAUGACAUGCAUGGAGCCCCAUCUCUUGAGAAACCUGCCUCUGUCAGCUGUAGAUACGGAGCUUUGUACUGCUGAGACAGUGACAGUUCUUGUUAUAACUUUUACAGUCUUUGUAACUGUGGUGGCUGCCAUUGUAAUGGCUGAAAGGAACAGAAAGAAAAGGGCUGAGAAACGCUGGAAUGAGGAUAGUGAUGUUUCUUAUAAUGCUCAAAACUGA